AUGGUCCUGAACCCCGUCAUCGGGAAGCUGGUCCACAAGAGGGUGGUGCUGGCCAGCGCCUCUCCGCGCCGCCAGGAGAUCCUCACCAACGCGGUGAGUGUGCCGCCUUGGCUGCGCGCCGGGGCAGCCUGUGCGCUCUCGCGGCUCCUGCGCCCCGCUUGGCACCGCCCGCCCCCCGGGUGGCCCUUGCCUUCCUUUCCGCCAGGGGGGCUGCUGCGUUUUGGGCGGCUGCACAGGUGGCGACUUCACGUGUAAGUCGCCUUGAGACGGUGGUUUGGAAGGCGAUUGAUAAAUAACUUGUAAUGCUAUUAAUAAACAGCCCAUCACUGCAUAUUGGCUGCUGGAAAAGCUGCACCGCUUGAAUUCCUGCUUGCCAGGUUGACAGCUCAAGAGGGAGAGAGGGAGAAUCCCAUUGGCAGCCACUUUCUUCCCAACUAUUUAUCAGGAAAAAAUAAUACAAAUCUGCGGUUCUGCUUCCCCCCACAAAAGUCUGCCCCCCCAAACUAGUUCAUUUUUGUGGCAACCCUACUCUGAGCCACACAGCACUCUGCUUCUGGUCCUGGGAAGCAACAAUGAAGUGCUCAGGAUAUAUUAGUGUCCUAAAAUCCUACUUGGCAUAUGUUGGAGCCACUGCCCCAGCCACAAAUAGCACAUCUGUCCUUUGGACAAGCCUCUGUUUCAAAGGGGACAAAAAAUUCAGACAAACCUUUGUGUCAGUUAUUGAGGUGGGGAUUCAAAAGCAAGUUCUAAAGAAAGGAGCAAGUUUUCAAGUUCAUCUGGCUAAAAGUGCAGCGAGGAAAUAAAUGGAUGUUCAGUGCAAUGAAAAGUUCAUGUCUGCAGCCUGUAAAAUAGUUUAUGAGAUGAAAUGAAGGUGCUAUUGUGCAAGUUCACCAUGGGUUGGACUCAGACCCAGGAUAGCAGGCUGCACUAAAGACAGUUCCCACCCCCACAACAUUCCAGGGGGGAGGGAAGAGGGGAAAAGACAGUGGCACAGAGUGCAAUGAGAUGGCAGGUCUUCAAAGGUACAUUCAGUUCUCACACAUUUUGAAGUCUUUGAAAGUACUUGAUCCACUAGUUCAGCUGUGGAACUUGCUCCCAAUGGAGGCUGCGAUGGUCACCAAUUUGGAUGGCUUUAAAAGAGGAUUAAGGGACCCGGGUAGCACUGUGGGUUAAACCACAGAGCCUAGGACCUGCCGAUCAGAAGGUCGGCGGUUCGAAUCCCAGCGACGGGGUGAGCUCCCGUUGCUCGGUCCCUGCUCCGGCCAACCUAGCAGUUCAAAAGCACGUCAAAGUGCAAGUAGAUAAAUAGGUACCGCUCCAGUGGGAAGGUAAACGGCGUUUCUGUGUGCUGCUCUGGUUCGUUAGAAGCGGCUUAGUCAUGCUGGCCACAUGACCCGGAAGCUGUACGCUGGCUCCCUCGGCCAAUAAAGCGAGAUGAGCACUGCAACCCCAGAGUCGGCCAUGACUGGACCUAAUGGUCAGGGGUCCCUUUACCUUUAAAAGAGGAUUAGACAAUAGAUCAUGCAAGGAUCUUGCUAUAUCAGGCCAAUGGCCUGUCUAAGCCAGCAUCCUGUUCUCGCAGUGGCUAACCAGAUGCCUGUGGGAAACCUGCAAACAGGAUUCAAGCACAAGAGCGCUCUCCCCUCCCGUGAUUUCAAGCAGCUGGUUUCCAACCAUGCCUCCAGAGUCAUGGAGAUAAAGGCUUUCAGUAGCCGCUAGCCAGUUCAAUAGUCCCUCCACCAGGGCCUUAAGCAGAGAACAUCCACAUAGCCUUCAAGUUUUGUAAGAUUUAUUGCUGAAAUAACUUAGUGUCUCUAACAGGGCCUCCGGUUUGAAGUUGUUCCCUCCUGGUUCAAAGAGACGCUUGAGAAGUCAUCUUUCGCAGCUCCUUUUGAAUAUGCUGUAGAAACUGCAAGGCAAAAGGCACUUGAAGUGGCAAACAGAAUGCAUCUGGUAAGCCAUAUAGGGACCUCGUCUGAGACGAUGCUUUAAGAAAGCUGUCAAACUCUUUGCUGUUGCAGUCCAGAUCCCUACAUCUUGGUUUAUUGAACUUGGCUUAUUAACCACGAACUAUUUAACUACAGAAGUGCAUGAGUGUUUGAGAUGGAGCAUGCAAACAAUUUGUUGUGUCCAUGUGACAUUAGGUUGACAUUUAAUCUAUAGUACAGUAAUACAGGAAGGCUUCCUGUUCCAGACAGUUGUGCACUAGUGAUUGGACCAAGCAAGUGCCAAGUCGUCACAGAACCCCCUCAUGUGACCCCUUUAGCAUAACUGUUUUACUUAAUGGUUGAUGGGGAAGCUGGAUGCAGUCUAAAUCAGUUCAAGAUUGCUUCUAUUGUGCUGAUUCCCCACUUGCUGUUUAAUUUCCCAACUGUUAGUUUAAGCUAUGGUUAAGGUGGAAAACUGAACAAAAUGCAUUUUGAUUUUUUCAGAAACAUCUUAGAACACCCGAUGUCGUUAUAGGGGCAGACACCAUAGUGGUAAGUCAUAUAUACCAGCAGCUGAAAACUAGAAUCUCUCUAAUUAGCAACUCUUGUUUUAUCAAUACACGCAGGUCCCGCUUUCACUCACAAUACAGAAAUUCACUUAUCCAAACAGAAAGAAUUGUUCCCAAACCAUGCGACACACCCCACUGAUUUAGGUGUCCGAACAGCCAGAGUUUGCCAUUUCCUUACUAGUUUGUGCUUUGCUGGUUGAUGGCAAUCGUUUUUGGGCAGAAAUCGAGGGAUGGGGGACAGAUCAGACAAAUCAGAGAGCAGGAGGGAUGGGACAAAUCAGUUUUUCUUUUGUCUCUCUUUUGCUGAUUGGCUGCAGCCAAUAAUGGAAAUCGUUAGGAAAUAAUGGAAAUUGUCAGCUCGUCAUGCAAACGCUCACCUAAUGAACAAUUUGCUAGGAACACAUUUUUUUCGGAAAGUAGAAGUUGCAUGUACUUAUAAUUGCACGAUAGAAAUUGGGUAUGCCAAACCAUCCAGCCCAAGCUUCCAUCAAUGUGCUUUUUUUAACUUCAGGGUUUAAAUAGCUCUUUCCUAGACUUCCUGCUUUUACUUGUGCAUGGAAUUAAACGCUUAUCACCUGCAGUGUUUACUUUAAGCGCUUUGUACACAGACAGAAAGCAAAGUAGCUAAUCAUUAAUAUGUAAAAAUAUCCCAGGGUGAAAAGGAGUUUAAGCGGAGAAGGACUGUAGCUUGAGUUGUACAGUAGAUACCGUAUUUUUUGCUCUAUAAGACUCACUUUUCCCCUCCUAAAAAGUAAGGAGAAAUGUGUGUGCGUCUUAUGGAGCGAAUGCAGGCUGCACAGCUAUCCCAGAAGUCAGAACAGCAAGAGGGAUUGCUGCUUUCACUGCGCAGCGAUCCCUCUUGCUGUUCUGGCUUCUGAGAUUCAGAAUAUUUUUUUUCUUGUUUUCCUCCUCCAAAAACUAGGUGCAUCUUGUGGUCUGGUGCGUCUUAUAGAGCAAAAAAUACGGCACUUUAAAUGCAAAAAGUCCAGAGCAGGAUAGUAAAAACUCCUGUCUGAAAUGCUGGUGAACUGCUGCCAAUAAGUGUCAACAACACUGAACUAGAUAGGCCAUUGGACUGACUUGGUAUAAAGUAGCUUCCUAUGUCCUUAUUUCACCUCAAGUAGCAACUCUUCUAUGGGAGAGAACUAGGCUUUCCCUUGACAAGUGUAUGCAAAUAUACAUAUUUAAAUAUAUUUAUUUCCAUUUCAGACAAUAGAAGAACAGAUUUUGGAGAAACCAGUGGACAAACAAGAUGCAUAUAGGAUGCUUUCAAAGUUUGUACUUCAAAUCACUGCUUAUUUCUAACCAUGUUAUACUGCCUUUGUUGGCCUUAUUUGUGGAUAUGGAAAUCAAAUGAAAAAUUACUUGAUUGGGAUAUGCUUUUCAUUUGCCCUUCAUAAGAAUGACAAGCAUGUAGUUUCAUUUGUUGGGGAAAUAGGUAACUAUUACAGUUACCUGCAUUUCUUGUGUAGUUAUUCCCACAGCUCAUAACAGGCUAGCUCUGUUUCAGAUUAAUCUCUGGAUCACUUUUAAAAUCUGCUUGUCAAAUACACCUGUGUGUGAAUCACAGCAGGCAGGCCACGAUACAUUUUUGUGAAAGCAUCAAGCUUUUAUUUUAAUCCAUGCUUAGAUCUACUGUUCUGCGUAAUCAAAUUGGACGUAAUUUGACCAUGGCUAUUUACCGUAUUUUUUGCACCAUAACACUCACUUUUUUCCUCCUAAAAAGUAAGGGGAAAUGUCUGUGCGUGUUAUGGAGGGAAUGCCUACGGGUGGCAUGCCUACGGAUUUUCCUCCUCAAAAAACUACGUGUGUGUUAUGGUCGGGUGCGUGUUAUAGAGCGAAAAGUACGGUAUUGCAUAGUUGAGUUUCCUAUAAAAGUUUCUCUUGCCUAGUCACACAUUAGAAGAGAACUUACUGAUAUUUUGUUUGUGCGCCACUUAGAGUGUUUCAUGAUUAAGUAGUUUAUAAAUCUAAUUCUUCAAAACAUAAAAAAGAGACCUCACGUCCGUCAGAGGCAAUCAACCCCAAAGUAUAGCACACCAAUUAGUUUUUCUCACCAAUGCUUUCUAAUUUUAUGCUUGUUUUUCAUUUAGAUAAGGGGAGAAAGGCAUCAUUUUGUGCCUGGUUCUCCUUGCCUUUUUCAGGUUUUCAGUAGUACUUCAGUUCAGAGGUAAACUUCAGUUCAUCAAUGUAAACGCAAUCCAGCCAAAGUCAAGCACUUUGAAGCCCCAUUCAGUUCAGUGGGAGAAUAAAACAGAAUCAAAGUGAAGUGCCUAGCUUUGCCUGGUUUGUAAGGCUAUAAAAUUGAGUAGAUUGCCAACAUUGCUACAUCAUUCAUAAAUGAGCAGAAUUUGUUUUUCAAACAAAUUCAAGUGUUAGAUUUCCAAGAAAUUAGUGCAAAUUGGCUGCAGCCUAAAUAUAUCUGUUUUUCCUCGCAGGCUGAGUGGCAAGGAGCACAGUGUUUUCACAGGUGUCGCGAUUGUUCAUUGCAGCAGUAAAGGUAAUUGGUAAGAACGAAUACAGAUGCUUGUGGCGAAUCAAAGUCUCAUUUGACCCUGUAGCCUACUUACUUGUCAGUGAAAUCUUCCCCAACCCGGAAGCCUCCAAAUGUUGUUGGGCUGCAACUCCCAUUAGCCCCAGUCAAUAUGGCCAUUAGGGUAAGGAAUGAUGGUAUUUGCAGUCUAACCUCAUUUGAAAGUCACCAAGUGGGGGACUUUAGUGUCUGCGUGCAUCGGAAGACUGCAGGAGUUUGGCUUUUCUCUCUUUGUUCACACUGAGGAGUACACUGGGUGAUAGCCAACUAAGUUUUACUCAAAUUCAAAUUAAUGAACAUGACUGAGUUAAGUCCAUUCAUAUUUCAGUGGGUCUGCUCAGAGUUGGAUAGCAUCCACUGUUUUUAGAGGACACCACUUUGGGAUGAAUGGAAUUGCUUAGAAGUCUUGAGAGCCAGUGUGGUAUGGUGGUUAAGAGCGAUAGACUCGUAAUCUGGUGAACCGGGUUCGCUUCUCCGUUCCUCCACAUGCAGCUGCUGGGUGACCUUGGGCUAGUCAUACUUCUCUGAAGUCUCUCAGCCCCACUCACCUCACAGAGUAUUUGUUGUGGGGGAGGAAGGGAAAGGAGAAUUUUAGCCACUUUGAGACUCCUUCUGGUAGUGAUAAAGCAAGAUAUCAAAUCCAAACUCUUCUUGAGAAUUCAUUUUGAAGUGGGUGGAUAUCAGACACCCCAGCCCAAAGGGUAUGUGAUGGCAUCUCAGUGGCUUCUGUAGAGGCUUGUGGCAUCUGCUGGAAGACACAAAAGGCUGGAUUCAGGACGUCUGCUAGUGUAGUGGGACCCCAUCUCCCCAAACCAUGUGCCAACCCCAAAAUUGACCCUGAAGGUCAGGAGAACUAACACAGUAACAGGCAAAAUGAUAACAAGCAUUUUAAGUAGGUCUCAGAUCUAGAAAUAAAUUGAAUCUAACUAGAAUAGAACUGGGCACUGUCAACUUCCUGUUCAUAGUAAAACUCUUGGAGUUGCCCUUGCCAAUUUGUUGCUUUGCUGGCUGUGACUCGGCUUGACAACUUCCAUGUUGAUUCUGCUUGCAAACAUGUUGACAUUCACACCGUGACCCAGUUUCAUGUAUUUAUCUUUCCAGAAAUUCCCAGUAAUUAAUCCCCUUUCCCCCAAAUGCUGAUCUCAAUUGAAGGUCACUGAGGAGCAUAUGACUGAUCAGGCAAAAGACAGUAAAGCCAACCUAGGUGAUUAUUUUGGCAAGGUGACAUCACCCUUUAUUUACUCCCCACUCACAUGAACACAGUGGCAGUAAAUCGCAGAAUCAGAUGUGAUUGUAGGCAGACAUCUUAGCAACUAGAAUUGUUCCAGUGGCUGAAGGCAGCCCAGAAGCACCAAACAGAACGUGCAGUCAGUAUCACUAGCAUAAAUCAGAAUCUUUGCCUUUUCACAGCAACCUGAUACAGUGGUACCUCGGGUUACAUACGCUUCAGGUUACAGACUCCACUAACUCAGAAAUAGUACCUUGGGUUAAGAACUUUGCUUCAGGAUGAGAACAGAAAUCGUGCUCCGGCAGCGCGACGGCAGCAGGAGGCCCCAUUAGCUAAAGUGGUGCUUCAGGUUAAGAACAGUUUCAGGUUAAGAACGGACUUCCGGAACGGUUUAAGUACUUAACCCAAGGUACCACUGUACAUGCAUUCCCACUGAAAGUGUCUUGUUCCCAUGUGCUAUCCUUGCCCCUCAAAAUAAAAUGGAUUAUUGUAUUGUAUUGUAUUGUAUUGUGGCCCUGAAUGUCAACUCAGGCAAAUCCCAUUGAUUAAGGAGAUUUACUUUCAGUAAAAUAUGUAUAGGAUCACAGCCACAAUGUUUGUCAAAACAGGGGAUAAACUCCAAAUCUCAAAUCCAAAGGAAGAGUUCUGACCAAAGGGGGUGGUUUAAAAAUGUAUGUUGCAGCACUGAAGAGUUUAAAGUCAUAUCAUAGCCCCACAACAAUAAAGUUGUAUUUAUUCAUUUGUUUUCUGUCUUAAAGACUCAAAAGUGGCUUUCAGUAGUUUUUCCUUGGUCCUAAUUUGCCUGCUCCCAAAAGGCUUUCCGGCUUAGGAAAUCAAAUGUUCUGUGGGAUAAAAGAGGCCAAAGUAAAUGAAAAUGAUGCAGCAACAAGCAAGCCGUAGCACUGAUACAAAAAUAUAUCUAAUGGACAGUGCUCUUGCCAGGCAACCACCUCCAAAAUUCCUAGUUGUGCAUUAAAAGAGCUGCUGCAUAAUGUUGUUGGUUUAUAUGGAGAACAUCCCACAAGGCAGCCCAGGUCCAGCGAUGCUGCUCCUUCUCCCAAAAGCGAUAACGGUGACUGUUUGAGAAGGUGCUGCAGACUGGGCAGGGUGGAAAGCAAAGCUCAGUUCCAGGUCUGACGAUGAUAGUUUCUCUGGAGCUCUGCCCACGAGGCAGGUGGAUUUUAACUCACAGGCCCUGCAAUGGGCUUCUUCUCCAGCGGCAGCACCAAGAGUUUAGUGUUGACUGUUGGGAAACAUGCUGUAGAUUCUGGGUGGAGACCAGAACUGAUUAUCUGGAUAAUGAUAACAUUUCAAUCUGACUAAGAUUUUCUCUUUUUAAUGCAAAACAAAGGCUAGUCUCCAAAGAGCUGCACAACUUAUUUCACAUGCCCAAAGGUUGGGUUUUUGUUUUUGUUUUGGAAUUGUUUCUCAAAAAUGAGCCCUCCAUACCCAAAGGCUACCCAUUAAAAAAUAAAAUAAAGAAUGAAGCAUGUUUUUGAAAGCAGUUUGUAAUGUGCCUUUAGUUCAAAGGAGAGAGAGUCAAAGGCCUACUUGAGUAUGCCCGAUCCUGUGUAAAAGAGUUUGUAGUACCGCUGCCAAAUAUAACUUUUCCCACUGUUUUGCAUGUUAUCCAAUUUAAAUGAGUAAGUGAGCCUUUGGAAAGCAUGUUUUGUUUUUAUUAAACUACGCAUGCUGGUACUGAGGAGCAUAUAAGUUAACGCCAAAUUAUGAUGUUCCUUCAGUCUGUAAUAAUGUUUACAACAUGCUUCGCUUCCACUAUCAUUUGCACCAAUCUAUCCUGCAGCUAUUUAGCUCAUUGUAUAUUGCUGCUGCCUCCAGAAUGUUAACAAAGAUCUGCACUGCAGAUCAGUACAGAAGAACAUCCUUGACUUGAAGGGCAAGAGAAAUAUAAACCCAGUUUUCAACAGAUUGCAUCAAAUGCCUCACCAAUAUUUAGAGGGAUAUUUAUAAACUAGCAUCUCAUUUUAUUGAAGUAACUGGAAGCACAUUUAUAUGUAGAAGAUCCAUGUAUUCAUUGCAGCAUAAUUUGGAUUUGAAUUUGGAAAUGCAGGCCUACUGAUUGCAGUGUAACGUAUUCAUAAUAAAAAUGCUUUAAAACUGCUGGUGUUCAUCAGAUAUGUCAUUUUUUUUAACCAGUGGUUUUUAUUUUUCUAGAUAAUCAGCUAGAGACUGAAGUCACAGAUUUCUAUGAAGAAACCAAAGUUAAGUUUUCUGCACUCUCCGAAGAACUCUUAUGGGAGUAUAUUCACAGUGGUGAGCCCAUGUAAGCACAAUAGUUGGGAGUGGAUUUGAAUGCAGACCUAAUCACUCUAGAUGGCUUGUUGUGUGGGAAAACUGGCUGUUUGUGUAGCACAUGAAACAAAAAGGGAGUUUAGUCUGGGAAUAUGUAACAUUUCAUAAAAUAAUAUGUUUGGUUUGUCAUCUAGCAAGAGUGAGAGGGAACAGUUUUGGAUUUUGAGGGUGAGGGCAGGAAAGAAUUGGUAGCAGAAUUCAAAGGCCUACUAUAUGUUAAAAAAUGAAUGUGGAAAACAGGAUAUAUCAAAAGCAUUUGUUUAGUCUGCAUCAUAGAUAUAACACUGUUAUCAAGACAACCAGUCUCUCUCUCGUCCUCCUUUUUUUUUUAUCUUGAGGAAAACUGGAUUUGUGCCUUUGAUGUUUCAGCUUUGCAGACAUACUUUAGUUGUAUGUAACAGUUAUACAGGGGCGUAGAACAAAUUGCCAAAAACAUAGGUUCUCCUGAAGAAUAACCACAUGUGGCCUGAAAAUCAAAGUGAAGAGGAGUUUGUCCCCCCCAUCCUUCCUAAAUGUUACCCUGUGCAUUAUUAAACAUGAUUUGAACAUCUAGGCCAGGGCUGGAUCUUUUGGAGCCUGUGGGUAUUAUUAUUGUUAUAUUUAUUUAUUCCCUGCCUUUUUUCCUGACGGGACUCAAGGUGGCUUCUCUCUCUUGGGUUAUUCUUCCACCAGUCACACACAUACUUCCUUUUUCUGUGGGGUUUAGGUGAAAGUCUCAUCCAAUAGAAUUAAAAACGAACCUGUUGAAAUUACCUGAUUUUUCAAGGUCCCCCAAAAACCAACAUCACAUUGGAUGAUGAUUUUAAAAAACUACCUUGAGGGAUACAAGAUGCCCCAUCCUGACUGUAGUUUUCCCUUCUGUAUCAAAGGCCUCUGAGUUUUUGGAGACAUCACAGGGAACUGCUUUAGGAAGGCAGGGAGCUCAGAAUUCCUAGUGCCUGUGAACACCUCACUUAUGUUGGUGUCUGCGUGUCAUAUCUAGGUGACUAAAAAAAUGAGAUGCAAAUGGCUGCUAACUAAGCUUUAGGUAUUGCCAUUUUUGCCGGUGGGAAAUUCUGAUUUAUUUAUUUUUAGUGCUCAAACUAGCAUGUUUUUAAAUCUUUGUUGAGAGCAUGUGACUGAUCAGACUUGUGUCAUUUGCAUAGUAAAUGCUAGGGAUUUUUAGGAUGAACUUCAGUCUUGCAACCGAGAGAGAUGUUUAGACUACAGAUGUUCAGGCCUUGAUCUUUCUGUGCAAAUCAAUACGCAAAUGCUGCCCUGGCACAGUGUUUGGGAGGGAUUGGUGAUGGAUUUAGCUGAUUCCCUUCCUGUCAGGAUUUUGUGGCUUGCGCAUAAUUAAACUCGUGUGCUUUGGACAGGUCAAAAGUUCAUGAGAUCUCAAAAUGAAACAGAAGUCAAUCAGCCUUUAAACGGAAUGACCCAAACCCUCUGGGUUUAGAAAUCAGCCUCAGCAUGGGACAUUAGGGCCUUACAGUUCUGUCUGCCUGACUAGAACAAAGGGGGGAAAGUCUUUUGCAACAAGAAUUUAGGCAAGCUUAUGUGUUCUCCACAACUGAAUUUAUUUUUAGAUGACUGUGUACCGUUUCUUCUCCUUUUUGAGCAGCAGAAAAAUCCAAAGGGCUUCCUGGAUUUAUUGCCUUCCAUUAAGAGUAAUGAAAGUGUGUACUGAAACUGAUUUCUCUACUCCUCUAGCUUGUAUCACCCCAUCCGGCACAGAUGUAAAAAUAGAUGUCUGCUUAUGUAUGUGGAUAUGAAGCAGAAAUUGGGGGGUUCUUAACACAACAUUCUUCCUUGAAGGAGAAAGAGAAACAAGCCACACAUACUUCUAGAACACUAUUACUCUGCUCUUCUUUUCUUAAGCAGUUAACAUACCAGCUAACAGCGGCAUUACUUUGCUGAAGCAGAGUUCAGUGGCACCUUUAAGACAUGUUGUUUAGAUGCUACAUUGGCCCUUGGGUUUUGCUGAGCCUGCUAGUCACUGAGCAGGGAAUUAGAAGCAUUAUACACCAAAUCCAGCAUUUUGAAUUGUGCCUAGAAGGCUAUAAAUAGCUGUGAAAACCCUGUAUACUAUCACGCCACAGAUGCAUUCUUAAUUAAGCCAUUUGACUGUUUUCUGCAUCUGGGAUCUUGAAGGCUCCAUAUAGUAUUAUGGGUUAGCAAAGAGUUAUAAUGAAUGCCCUAGGUGCUCUUGUUGUCACAGAGUUGCUGAAGUUAACCAGGUUCAGACCUGGUAGUAGUAGUAGUAGUAGUAGUAGUAGUAGUAGUAGCAGUAGUAGUAAUACUAUACCACAGAUUUGACUGGGUUGCCCCAGCCACUCUAAGCAGCUUCCAGCAAAAUAUAAGAACACAAUAAAAUGUCAAAUAUCUAAAACCUCUCUAUACAGGGAUGCCUUCAAAGGCCUUCUAAAAGUCAUAAAGUUACCGUAUUUUUCGCUCUAUAACACGCACCCGACCAUAACACGCACGUAGUUUUUAGAGGAGGAAAAUCCGUAGGCAUGCCACCCGUAGGCAUUUCCUCCAUAACAAGCACAGACAUUUCCCCUUACUUUCUAGGAGGAAAAAAGUGAGUGUUAUGGUGCAAAAAAUACGGUAUUUAUCUCCUUGGCAUCUGAUGGGAAGGUGUUCCACAGGGAGGGCACCACUACCAAGAAGGCCCUCUACCUGGUUCCCUGUAACCUCACUUCUUGCAAUGAGCCAGAAGACCCUUGGAGCUGGACAUCAGUGGGAGUGGAGACACUCCUCUAGGUAUACAGGGCCGAAGCCAUUAGGGUUUUAAAGAUCAGCACUAACACUUUGAAUUGUGCUCAGAAACGUACUGGGAGUCAAUGUAGAUCCUUUAGGACUGAGGUUAUAUGGUCCUGGCGGCCGCUCCUAGUCACCAGUCUAGCUGCCGCAUUCUAUAUUAGUUGUAGUUUCUGAGUCACCUUCAAAGGUAGCCCCACAUAGAGUGCAUUGCAGUAGUCCAAGCGGGAGAUAACCAGAGCAUGUACCACUCUGGCAAGACAGCAGGUGGGCAGGUAGAGUCUCAGCUGGCAUACCAGAUGGAGCUGGUAGACAGCUGCUGUGGACACAGAAUUGACCUGUGUCUCCACGGGCAACUGAGAGUCCAAAAUGCAACACUAGUUCACGAGUCCCAGAAGGCUUUAGACAUGUUUUUCAUAAAUGGCUGCCCCUUACGCCACCUGAACUGCUUUCGAACUCAAGGGAAGUGUCAAACAGUUUCAUGGUUGGGUCAACUUCACAAUGAAAAUACAAGACAAAAAAUCCACUGAGCAUAAACUCUUUAUUUGGUUCUCUAUAUUUUCAGAUCCUGGACAAAAUGUUUAGCUUUUGAAAUACGUAAUGCAGAAUAAUGUCUAGGUGAAACUAAGAUAUCCAAUCCUUUUCCAUCCAAGUGCUGCUUCAAUUUAUUUUUUUUAACUUUCUCUCUAGGGACAAAGCUGGAGGCUAUGGGAUCCAGGCACUUGGGGGAAUGUUAGUGGAAUAUGUUCACGGAGACUUCUUGAACGUGGUGGGGUUUCCUUUGAAUCGCUUCUGCAAAAAGUUAGCAGAAUUAUAUUAUCCACCCCCAAAGCACACUAUCCAUCACAUAAAGCAUGACUCUAUCCCUUCAGUAGAGACUUUUGAGAUUCUAAGUGAUGGGGAAUGUGACUCUUCAGAUAACCACACACAGUUUGAAGGUGCUAAGAAGCGAAACGGCGGUGGAGUCCCCCACAGCCUGGAAAAGUGCAUAAAGAGCAGUCAUUCUUGCAACACACCUGUGGAAAGUCAGAAUGGUGUAAUAGAAAAUGCAACGCAGUUCCCAGCUAAACUCACUCACCUUCUGGAUGGCUUCAGAGCAUCAAAGGUAACCCAUCUUUCGUUCUUUUGUAUAUAGAUCUGUAAAAAAAGUUUUUGUUAAUUUUAUGGAAUGUGGCACCUGUGGGCUUGGGGAAUGUGCCUGCAUUUUAAUGACAAUAACCUGAGCUCCAGAGACCUUGAAAUCAACAGGUUUUAUUCUGUUUGUACAGGUUUGUCCAUUAGGAUACAAUGAAUUUUUGGUGAACAAGAGUGUGUUUACAGUUGCAGUUCUUUAUAUGCUGGUUCUUACAUUUCUUAGUGGCUCAAAUACUUGGUCAAGGGUAAAUAAGAGAUCUUUUGUGAAGAUCUGAAAGCAGCCUGAGAUGUUUGUAAAUACCACUACAAAACUCUCCAUCUGUUGCUGCAAAUGGGAGGUGGCUGUUGACACGACAUAGACUCAGUGCCCUAACUCAUCAUUGCUAUACCCAGUGUGGGCUCUCUUCUCUCUUCUCCAUUCUCCUAUCCGACCUGGAACUGCAGUGAGGUAAAUUGAAGCUGGUCAUUAAUUUUUAAGAAAAAGUUGAAAUUAUCACUUCUCUCCGCUUGGUUGUUGGGCAAACCAUCAUAUAUUGCCCAAGUCUAUUGCUGCAAGUCUCAGAUUCAAUCCCCUGCUUAUCCAGAAUCAGAUGGAAGGUGAUGUGAAAGACUUUUGCCUGAAGUCCUGAGCCCCUGCCAAUCAGAAUAGACAAUUCUGGACAGAUAGAAAAAAAUUGUCUGACCUAGUUAUACCAGGCAGCUUUGGUACAGAAUGAAAAACCAAUUGGCCUCUACUGACUCACUCACAACUGCUUCAUAGUUAAAAAUCCCUUUAUAGACCUCUUGUUUCUCUUUAAAAAUAUAUCUAGAUUCUUCUGUUGUGAAUGCUUGGCAACUACACAUUUUUUUGGAUACCCUUAGUAUUCAGCAAGGUACAUUUUUAGAUUAAAAUUCAGCAUUAAAAACGUUAAGCGGCCAUGAAGUCUUGUGAACAGGUGUCUGUUUCAGCCAAGUCUAGCAACCAUCAUUUCCUCUGUAAUAUCCUUACCGUGGCUUGUAUUUUGAUAGAUAACCAGAACGAACUGACAGAAGUGACAGUGAAAGAAAAAUCAGUAAACAGUUCCACAUAUUCUGGUUUUCAAGUGACUACUGUUUGUCUCCCAUAAUCUCUUGGAUGUCGUGAUCAGUAACAAAUUUCAGCAGCUGAACUUCCAUCCAAAAUAGUGUAGCCCAAAGUGGGGCUGGAGCAGCUAACCCAGGCAUUGAUGUGACUUAGUAGCUUAUGGAUUGCCUUGAUUAUUUUUUCUUUUAGUAACCAAUGUAUAUUUCAUGUCCGCAGGCUUUGUUUGUGGCAUCUAAGCUGAAAGUAUUUGAUAUUCUGAAAGAUAAGGGCACCUUGACAGCUAUGGAAGCUGCUAAUAAACUUAAAACCUCGAUGUGUGGCACAGAAAGAUUACUUGAUGCCUGUACUUCUCUUGGCCUAUUGGACAAGAACCAUCUAGGUGAGCCUUCUUCUCUAAAACAUUUGGGGGUGCGGAAAGAAAAGGAACUUGUAGCAGGACCUUAAUGCAAUUGGAUUGUUGGCUAGACUAUGGGCAUAUGUAACGGAGAAGAACAAAAAAGUGUGUCUAGAGAAAUGAGUCAAAUAUGAUUUCCUGAUUAACGUAGCACAGCCUUAGAAAAAGCAACACUUAAGGCCAAACUAUUCUGGUGUCUGCGACUCCCUUUUUUAUUUUUAAGGGGUUGUAUUUCCUACCCCAGUGCUCAAAAUAUUUUGGACUAACACUUUGGUCAGUGUGAGUAUGUCCUGUGGGUAGAAGUGCCUGUCUGUCCCUGGGACACUUCCCAUGCUUCCACUUGCACACUACUGCACUCAGGUUGAACUUUGUCAUUUGAAAACAAUGCAUUUUUAGGGCUGCAGUGUCGUUUUCUUAACAUCACAUUGCAUCUUUCAGUGGCAAGGAAAUGUGCAAACUGAUUAUAAGAAGCAAUUAUAAUAUUGGGUUUAAUUAAAUUCUUUACUGAGCUGUGCCGAUCUGUGGAAAUCAACUGAGCUGUGAAACCCUUGCAGCUGGUUAGGUUUAGCUUAAUGAAUGGAAAAAAGAGACACUGAGGAAAAAUAAUACAGAUCUUGCAAAAUUCUCUGUCUUCAAAGGUUACAGCAAUACAGAUAUGGCAAAUUUAUAUCUAGCAUCAGAUGGCGAAUGUUCACUUCAUGACUACGUUCUCUACUGUAAUGACCACACAUGGCCUCUGUAUAAACAUUUGGAGUUGGCAGUCAAAGAGGGGACUGCGCUGAACCAAAUAUUUGAGAAGAAAGCAGAAGAUUGUAUUCAGGUAGUAUAGAAUCCAUGCAUUCUUUAUAUACAGCUUUGGUUUAAAACAUUACAUGCUUUGGAGAUGGUCACUACUGGGCAAGUUUAACUUUCAUUUUUUGAUUGUGAGCUGCCACAGUAUGCUCAGGAAUUCAUUUUUUGAAGAGCUGGGUGCCUAUAAUGCAACUGGGGUGCUUGUUGUGAUGGAAAAUUUCUUUGAGCCAACAGAGCUAUCCAUAAGAAGAAAAGGGAAGGUGGCAAUUUUUGUCAAGUCCCUCUUCCCAUUCAGCUCUCCUCACCACCUGCCCUGGUGUAUGCUCUCCCAAACCUCCAGAGCUGAUGCUCAGGGCAUGUGCAGGGAACUGUAGCAGGAAUGGCGGAUCUUUGAAGAUCACCUUAACCCAUUUCACCUACAAAAGACUACUGAAUUAAAUAGCUUUCUGUCAGAGGAGGCACACAAAUUGGAUACAGUCUACAGACCAAUUACACAAAAUAUUCAGAGUUAACCAAAGUGUGUGUGUAUGUAUGUGUGUAUAUAUAUAUAUAUAUAUAUAUAUAUAUAUAUAUAUAUAUAUAUUAUUAGAUUAUAUUGCUACACAUUUUAAUACUGGCAGCCAUCAAAUGGGCUCUUCACACACACACACACACCCAGUAUAGUACCAUAAAGGCUGGUAUAUGUUAGUUUGCUAAUGCAAGUAAAGUUUCUAUCUAUCUAUUAAUAGAAAACUGCCAAAAAAUAACCCCAAAGUCCUAUGCUGGUAAGGUUUAAGCAGUGGACAAAUAAAUGCUUUGUGUAAACCACUGUAGUAGUUAAAUUGAGAAAAAUACCUGACUCUGAAUACAAGCUAAAAUCAAGAAUUCAGUGUCAGAUCCUAAAAUUACUAUGAUCUGCAAACUAUUUCCCUCCAUCAGUUAUUUGGAGUGCUUGGGCAAUGAAGUGGAGUCCUAGCUUAGUUCUUACUGAGGUGGGAAACUUUGUUGGGCUGUACCACUUCUGCCCAUCACAUGGUAGAAUGUCCCCUCCUGUAUAACAGAAAACAAACCACCUGUGUUUAUAGUACACAGACAUGUUAAGGAGAUCUUCUUCUCCCUGUCAUCUAGUUCUUAGGUGUGGAAGGAAGUUUUAAAUGGAAGAUCAUUCAAAACCAUAGGAAUUCCAGAAACACUCUGGGCUCAUUCUUACUUUUUCCAAAUGAAUUUUAUUAUAAUUACCAACAAAAAUUUUAUUUACAUCAUAGUAAAUUAUCAGCAGCAGCAAAUAGUUGUGUAAGGCAAUCCUAAUGUUAUAUAUAGUGAAUUUCGUGAACACUGUUUUCUGACAUGAUCCAGAGAGUAGACUUUCUGUUCUGCUUUCUAUUGACAUUGUCUUCAUAAUAAUCUGAAAUGUUUGAAUUAUCACUCUUAAAUUGUGAAGGAAACUCACUUUUGUUGUCAUAUUAAGAUUAAUAAAAAUAAAUAUGACAUUUCUCUUUUGUGUGGUGUGGCUAUGGCUAUUUCUUUUUUAGGAUGAAAAAGCAGGUAGUUUUCAAGGUGUGUUUUUUAAUACCUCUGCAUAUGUUCUGUUUAUAUCCUAAUUCUUUUGAAUGAGUCUAGAAACUUUGGUCUGAUCUGUUUUUAAGGAUUUCUGUUGCCAAACUACAGAGGCAAAGCAACGUUUUAUGAGUGCCAUGCACAGCAUUUCCAAACUAACAGCAAGAGAUGUAGCCGUGGCUUUUGACCUUUCACAGUUCAGAGCUGCGUGUGAUUUGGGAGGUAGGCAUUCGAACAUCUGGGUGCAUGAAAAUUUCAUUAUAAUUCCUGUUGUCAUUGAAUAUGUAAUUCUCUGUUAUUUGUUUCCUCUUGGGUAUCCUUCCUUAUAACUUUGGUCCUAUUAUAAGCGUUGAACUUCAAAGAGAAUCCGUGGAAUAGAUAAGAAAACUCUCUUUGUUUUCUUGUGGGUGUAGUUAAGCCUGUUCAUGGUUCACUUAGGUAAAUUUUAAAUGCAGACUUAAUGGUGGAAUAUCAAAGUACAUAUGAAGCUACUGAGAUGGAAAUGCAGUUAUUACUUUCUAGAAUUAACAGCAAGUUCAUAGCAGUUUGGAACAGCUCAGUGUUGGGAGUACAUUUUUUGUUUUCUGAGAGAGUGGUCAAGAUCUUUCUUGGAAAAUCUUAGAGCCUGACAACCACUACAAUGGUAUCUCGAGUUACAUACGCUUCAGGUUACACACUCCGCUAACCCAGAAAUAGUGCUUCAGGUUAAGAACUUUGCUUCAGGAUAAGAACAGAAAUUGGGCUCCGGUGGCGCGGCAGCAGCAGGAGGCGCCAUUAGCUAAAGUGGUGCUUCAGGUUAAGAACAGUUUCAGGUUAAGUACAGACCUCUGGAACAAAUUAAGUACUUAACCCGAGGUACCACUGUAUAAGCAAAUCUCAGUGGUUGAGGAUGUUAUGAUCCAUACAACCAGCUUAAAUGCAUUUUCUCACUUCUAAAAGAAAAUACUGGUAUGUGAAAGCAUCUUGCAAGUUUUAUAAUUAGGCAGAUUUUAAUAGCUACUGCUGGGUAAGCACUGAGUGCUAAUAUCAUCAGAAGUAAGUUUUAACUAAAUGAGGAACUAAAUACAGGAGCUAUUGUGAUAAUAUUUUGCUCUCUUUAGGUUGCACUGGAGCUUUAGCUUAUGAGCUGGUCCAUAUCUACCCAGAGAUGAGUGUCACGGUAUUUGACCUUCCAGAAAUCAUCACGAGUGUCUCCAGCUGUCAGCCUUCAAGACAAAACCCAGCUCAGGUUUCCUUCAUGUCAGGUAAACAUACCUCUUAGGUACAGUGUGUAUAGAAUCUUGGCAUAUGUGGAUACAAAUGAGGCUUAUCACAAGGCAGUUUGUAUGUUGAGUCAUCUUUGCUUCCUUGAAUACUCAGUUUCUUGUGAAGGUAUUAUUGGUAAAGAAUAUAUGUGAUGAACAUUAGUGUUAAAGGGCUGCUUAUAACAUAUAGGGUGAUAUUCAACCAAGUUUAACUUACAGUAGGUCCACUAAAAUUAAUGAACAUGACUGUUAGAUCUGUUUCAAAAACUGACUUGAUAUUUGGGAUAUUGAUGUGUAUAUAAGGCUGCUGAGAUGAGGAUUUGUUCAUUCGUUUCAGAACUAAUGAAAAUGCAUUUUUUCAAACAGGUGACUUUUUCAAAGAUGAUCUUCCAAAAGGAGAUCUUUAUAUACUUUCGCGAGUUCUACAUGACUGUUCAGAGGAGAAGAUUUCCACGCUCUUUAGCAAAAUAUAUGCUGUUUGCAAGCCAGGUAAGAUUUGACUGCUCUUUCCCCUUUUCCUUUCUAUUAGUAUAUCAUGAAAUAAGUUUAUUUUAGCACUUAAUAAUAAUAAUAAUAAUAAUAAUAAUAAUAAUAAUAAUUUAUUAUUUGUACCCUGCCCAUCUGGCUGGGUUUCCCCAGCCACUCUGGGCAGCUUCCAACAAAGAUUAAAAAUAUAUUAAAUACUAGUGAAAAUCGUCAUUUCCCCAAAGACUGUGCAAAAUUAAAUAUUACAAGAGAGUGUAAGGUUGCUAAUACACGUGCCACCUCUUGUCUGUGUUUCCCCCUAUAAUGUUUAACUUCACACAGAGGCUCUGGGGAGAAUUGUCCUUUUCACUGUAAAAUUGCAGUAAGUAGUGUAUCAAAGGACAAUUGCAAACAUGUAAAAGUUGAAUAUUAGCUCUUAAGAACUAUUAACAUCCUUCUAAUGGCAGUUUUGAUUAGAGCUUCACAGAAUGGUUUUAAAGUACAUCCUUGACAUAUCUUAAGUUGCAGUCCUGUGCACACUUAUCUGCAAAUGAAACCAGUAGGACUUCUGUUAAACACACCUAACUUUGUGCGUUGCAUAUUUUGUCUUCUCAAAAAACGAAAAAGAAAAAGUGGAGUGGUUACAAUGCAGGGAGAUCACUUGCUUUCUCCCCCACCUAAAAAAAAUAGGGGGGGGGGAAGUAUAUCUAGACAUGGUGAUGUAGACUCCAGAGCUGGAUAGGAGACAAGUACAGUCAGUAACUAAAGCAGGUUUUUACUGCCCUACCACAGUGUGGUGAAUGAAGGAAUGAAUGUGAUAAUGAAGCCUUAUAUCGCUGGCACUUUAUUAUUUUUAAUUUCAACGUUAAAGGCACUGGAGUGUUACAUUACAAAGCAGUCGGUCUCUUGAAUCAAGAACAAUAUAUUUAAAACUAAAUUUUCAUGUAAAAGAAAAAAGUUAGGGUCUGUGUCAUCACCAAAGACAGUGAUGCGUACCUUCAAAGUGCCUACAGCACUUCAGAUAGCAAUGUAAAUUUUGAGGAAUGUAAAUUGUAAGCACAUCCCCUCCCCCCCACCCCCCCACCCCCGCUGCCCACAACAAUUAAACAGCUGUAGGGAAUCAGGAUUUUCCCACACUAGGGGUCCAGGUAAAAAUUGAGGAGUGGGAUGAAGCUGCUAUUGGCGCAGGGGAAAGGGUUGAAUUCCCUACACACACACACAUACAUACAUGAAGCAAUCCCAGUCCUGGUGAGACUCUUUCCUGCAGCAGUUGCUCUUUUUAGUUCAAACGGCACAUUUCUAGUUUAGCUGUACAAACACCUCUAGUCAGAUAGAGCAACUUUAGGAAAAGAUACGAAUCUCCUGACUCUUAAUAAAAUAAAUUAAAAACCUUCCUGUAGAGCAAGAGAAGACAAAAUGCUAACUUGAAGUUAGAAAUUUGUAACUAAACGGUGUCGUUGCUGUCUUUCUUUCCUUUAAAUGCAGGCAGUGCUUUGCUGGUAGCAGAAAUUGUGCUUGAAGAGAAACGAACAAGCCCUGCUAGAGCUGUCCUGCAGUCCCUUAGUAUGACGGAAGGCAAGCAAAGAACUGGCUUGGAAUAUAAACAGUUAUUGGAGAAACACGGAUUCACCAAUGUUCAGAUUAAGAUAACAGGAAACCUGCUAGAUGCAAUUUUGUGUUUUAAGAAAACAUCUACCCAUUAA